AUGUAUAAGCGUAUGUCACUACUUGAACGCAAUGGCAUACCGGGGCCCCGACCACACCUGAUCAUGGGCAAUAUGUACGAAUAUUAUACCCGUGGUUAUAACGAUUGUUUUGAGCGCUGGAAAAAGCAACAUGGUAAAAUAUUUGGCUACUAUUUGGGCGCUAAACCUUUUGUGGUGAUCACCGAUCCGGAGCUGCUCAAAGUGAUCGAGGUAAAAGAGUUUAAUCACUUUUUUGAUCGCCCCUACGUGGUCCCUGGUGGUUUGUAUAGGAAUCCAAAGUUUCACCAACAGUUAUAUAGGGUAAACCGUGUAGAUCAAGACAAGUGGCGCGCUAUGCGACAAUCGAUGAGCCCCUGGUUCUCAUCGCUACAGCUCAAGUCAAUGGUGCCGACUAUAGUACAAUGCGCUGACGACAUGGUUAAACUGGUCGCACCCUUAGCCCAAAGUAACCAAGAGUUUAACCUAUACCGGGUGUUCGAGGGGGUAACCAUGGAUGCCAUACACCGGACAGCGUUCGGGGUCAAUACCGGUGCCCAAAAAGUUACUGAUAACACCCCUACCACCGGCGAUACAAACACCCUGAUGGACGCCCAUAGGGCUACACUGGCGGCCAAAACUAGCGAGAUGUUAGCCUCGCUGGUGCUGUGCCUUCCGGAGCUGUCGCUGGCCAUUAACGCUGUCAGGGAUAUCGUUGAGAGGGUGUGCGAUAAGUUGGGCCUCAAUCAGGAUGUGCUGCUCUGGGAAUCGGUCGAGAAAAUUGUCAACACUAGGCUCACCCAACGGGGCGGCAGUACCGGCCCGUACCGGGACGUACUGGAGCUGAUGAUAGCGGCCAAUAGGCUUAGCAAAACGGAAAUCGUCGCCAACGCCAUAGCCAUCGAUGAGGCGGCGUUUGAAUCGCCGGCCAAUAAUCUCGGUUUUAUAUUUCACCAUCUCGUCAACCAACCCGACCUACAGCGCCGCGUAUACCAGGAAUUGCGAGACGAGUUGGUGGACUCCGAUGGCAACCCUACACACAUGGACUACCAGUCCCUAAAUAGACUCCCGUUCACCGAUGCGGUCAUUAUGGAGGCGUUCCGCAUAUUCCCGACCGACCCGUUGUUUAUGAGCCAUUCGCCGGCCGGUGACUACCGGUACGGGUCGGUAACACUACCGGCCGGUGUGGACAUACGUGUGCCCACCUAUCAACUCCAUAGGGACCCGGAGUACUGGGAAGAACCUGAUGUUUUUAACCCAGAUAGAUUUAUGGGCAAUAGUCUAAAGUCGGUUAAUCCCUAUGUGUAUCAACCCUUUGGUGUGGGCCCCCGGAUGUGCCCCGGGAAGAGGUUCUCGGUGCUCGAGAUCAAGAUCAUUUUGGCCAAAUUAUUGCUCAAUUAUAAGGUUGUUCCCGGAGAUAAGACUGAACCUAUUGGUGGCUUAGAUUUAGAGUUCAAACUGUUUUCCUUGUCCCCGAGAAACGGGAUUUCUGUCCGACUCGAGGCCAGGAAUUGA